AUGUGUCCUAACUUCAAGGGAGCCAAACAGGCGCAAACGAAUGCCCACAUGUUACUAGUAGUUGCAGAGCAGAGGAGUUAAAAAAAAUACAAAAACUGAAAAGACAGAGAGAGGUCCCAGUGUAGUUCAAAUCGUAGCUGGAUUUUGGCUGUCUAGGUCGCCCGAGGUCACGAUCACUCUCGAAUCCGUUCCAAUUGCAAACCCCUUUGUAAGAUCUGGUGGAAAUGAGUGCGUCGAGGUUCAUAAAGUGCGUGACGGUCGGUGACGGCGCCGUCGGCAAGACUUGCAUGCUGAUUUCCUACACCAGUAACACUUUCCCCACGGAUUACGUGCCAACUGUUUUUGACAAUUUCAGUGCCAAUGUGGUUGUGGAUGGGAGCACUGUCAAUCUUGGUUUAUGGGACACUGCUGGUCAGGAGGACUACAAUAGACUAAGACCUUUAAGUUAUCGUGGAGCAGAUGUGUUUCUUCUUGCAUUUUCUCUCAUUAGCAAGGCCAGCUAUGAAAAUGUUGCAAAGAAGUGGAUUCCUGAACUGAGGCAUUAUGCACCUGGUGUUCCAAUAAUUCUUGUUGGAACAAAGCUUGAUCUCAGGGAUAAUAAGCAGUUCUUUGUAGACCACCCUGGUGCAGUGCCCAUUACGACAGCUCAGGGAGAGGAACUGAAGAAACUGAUCGGAGCUCCUGCCUACAUCGAAUGUAGUUCAAAGACGCAACAGAAUGUGAAAGCAGUUUUCGACGCAGCCAUUAAGGUAGUGCUCCAACCACCCAAGCAAAAGAAAAAGAAGAGAAAGGCACAAAAGGGUUGCUCCUUUUUAUGAUCCGGGAAUAGUAGUUGCAGGGAGAGAGGAGAUGAUCUGUAAUUCUGUAUUGGCUUCUCAUGGUGCUGCGAUAUCACUUCUCAAGCGGAAGCUUUCCCUUUUCACAAGAAUUAUACCGUUGGUGUGUAUAGUCUCCACUGACUUGCUAUAGGGAUUUCUUGUGGAAGAAUCAGGUGGUUUGUACUCGUCUAUAAUGGAUAUUAGGAUUUGGAAUCGGUUGGCACUUUGUCCUUGACAUCGAGCAUGUCUCUGUUGUUCUAUUUUGUUUUUCUGGCAUUUAAUGAUGGGUUAGGUGCAUUUUCGGUUCA